ACAGCAGGUUUGUUUAGUGAAGACACAGAAGUAGAACUCCGUGUUGAGCAGCGGUGGUGAGCAUUAGUGUACAUGAGCAUUUGUUGUACACUAAAGAAUACAUUGAUUUACAAUGUUUGAUCUCUCGUCUCUGUCUGUGACCUGGACCCUGGUGGUUCUGGUCAUAACCCUCCUUUUAAUUUACGGUGUUUGGCCACAUGGAUUUUUCAAAAAACUGGGAAUUCCAGGACCAAGACCUUUGCCAUUUGUUGGCACGGCUUUAUCAUACUCUAAAGGCAUCUGUAAUUUUGACAUAGAAUGUUCUAAGAAGUAUGGAAAAGUAUGGGGGAUCUAUGAUGGAAGGCUUCCAUUGCUACUUGUUACUGAUCUGGAAAUGAUCAAAACGAUUUUGGUGAAAGACUGUUAUUCUACCUUCACUAACAGACGGAAUAUGAAUCCAGAUUUGGUUGGCCCUUUUGCUGAUGGAAUAACAUUGGUUAAAGAUGAGAGGUGGAGGCGAAUCCGAAGUUCACUCUCUCCAUAUUUCACUAGUGGACGACUGAAGGAGAUAUUUCCCAUUGCUAUGACACAUGCUGAUCGUUUUAUUGAAAAUAUGGAAAAGAAAGACCCCAAUCUACCACUUAAAAUAAAAGAUGUUGUGGCUCCAUACAGUUUAGAUGUUGUCGCCAGCUCCUCCUUCAGCGUUGACUUCGACUCCAUAAACAACCCUGAUGAUCCGUUUGUUACCAGUAUCAAAAGUUUUUUCAACAUCAAUCCACUCAGUCCUCUCUUUCUGCUUUUAGCUUUUUGUCCCUCUGCUGCAAAUCUUUUGGCAAAAAUGGGCAUAAGUUUGUUUUCAAGAUCAACUACAGAUUUUUACUACAAGGCCCUGAGAAAGAUUAAGGAUGAGCACAAUGAAUCAAAUGGUCGAGUAGACUUCCUCAAGCUCAUGAUCCAGAAUCAAAUACCUGAUGAUCAAGUGAAGGACACUGCAAGUGAACAACCAGUAAAAGGAUUAACAGACCAUGAGAUUCUCUCCCAAUCCUUCAUUUUCAUCUUGGGUGGUUAUGAGACUACAAGCACGACUCUCUCUUACCUCCUCUAUAAUCUUGCUACUAAUCCGGACUGCCUGGAAAAGCUGGUUGAGGAGAUCGACAAAAACUUCCCUCUUGAUAUUCCCAUCACAUACGAUGCAUUGAUGAGAAUGGAUUACUUGGAAAUGGCCAUACAUGAAUCAAUGCGUGUCUUUCCUGCUGGUCCUCGCUUAGAAAGGGUCUGUAAAAAGACCGUAGAGAUCAACGGCAUUACCAUACCAAAAAACACACUGGUUGGAAUUCCUUUGUAUGUUUUAAGUCGUGAUCCAGACCUCUGGGAGUCUCCUAAUGAGUUCAAGCCUGAGAGAUUCAGUCCAGAGAGCAAGACAGAGAUCAACCAGUGUGCCUUCAUGCCUUUUGGACUCGGGCCUCGAAACUGCAUUGGAAUGAGGUUUGCUCUAAUGAUGAUGAAGCUUCUUGUUGUGAAGCUGCUACAGAAAUACACUGUGGAAACAUGUAAAGAGACGCAGAUCCCUGUACAGCUGAACUUUUUUUUUCAGCCGAAGGUUCCCAUCACACUGAAGUUAAUACCAAGGUCUCACAAGGAAAAACAAUAAUGGAAAUGUGGAGCAUUAUAAUAGCAUACACAAUUUAAUUUUAGUAAUGGAUAAUUAACAAAAUUACCUGUAUUAAGGUUUAAUUUUAGGUGUCUAUAUACUGUAUGCUGUCUUUUUAUAUUCACCAUUUACUAAUUACAUUGAAAUUAUUGCUCGUUGUUUCGUGGUUCAUUAAUGUUUUGUUUAUUUUAUACUGAUUGAUGAUGUUUGAUGUUUAAAAAUACUACAUUAUUAAAAAGCAUAAUUUUAAA